UCUCGUUCAGCUCCAUUCAGCAUUGGUUGGUACCGUCGCAAUGGCAAUCUGGUGGCUGACCUUGCUGGGCCUUUGUCUCAGUCUGCAGCUCGGCUCGGCGUUGCAGGUGCCGCAGCACAACUGCGAUAGGUAUUUCUCCUACUACAAAGAGGGCUGUGGAGCCUACAUUGGCGUCUUCACCGCACCACGCGGCGGUGUGAACAGCCUAUCAUGGGAGGUGGUCUUCACUGCUCACGGAACUGAACAGGCAAACACUGUGAGCUCCCUCACUCCGUAUCCCAAUAAGGAAUCUGCCUUUGAGAAGAUACACAGAGGAGAACGUGGCGAGGUUUUUGUCCGCUUCCAGGACUUCGGAAACGAGCUGCCCAAACUAGUCCGGGUGAAAUUUAACGACGAGGUUCUCUGCCAAAACGAAGAAUAUGACGCCCCUUCGAGCACAAUGACCCGACGCCAGACCAUGUCCACCUCAUCGUACAUUGGACAACAGUCAGCCCCAAGGGAAAUGGUGCCCCAGUCGCGUCCAGUGCAGAGCACAUCGAGCAUUGUCUCCAAUCCAUUCCUUCCUCAAAUCAGGCCCAGAGUAGAGUCCGACUUUGAGGAGUGCGGCGUGGAGGGCUUUGCGCCCCUUCAGAUUGGAGGCGACCUGGUGACCCGUGGUCAGUAUCCCUGGCUAGCGGCUCUUUAUGAAGGGGCAUCCACGGUUUCGUACAAAUGUGUGGUCUCGGUAAUCUCGAAGCGGACUGUGAUGACUGCAGCUCACUGCAUUUAUGGAAAGAGUGCCAGCCAACUGUGGGUCUAUCUGGGCAGGCAUGAUCGCAACGAGAAUCCUGAGAACGGAGCCUCUCUGGUCAGCGUGCGCAGCGUGCUGACUCCGUCCGCCUACGAGGGCAAUCCAGUUCCGGACGCGGACGUGGGCCUGCUGGUGCUGAACGAGCCGAUGGUGUACACCAAGUACAUUCAACCCCUCUGCCUCUGGGGCUCCCAUAUGGGCUUGCCGCCGAACGAGGGCGACACCGGAGCAGUAGCCGGGUGGGGCUACGACAGGAGUGCCCAGAAGACGCGUUUUCCCAAGACAGUGAGUGUGCGAUUGGUGCCUCGGGAUCAGUGCCUCAAGGAGAUGAAGCGGGCGGAGGACUUCAUCACGCAGCGCACCGUAUGUGCUGGCAAUUCAGAGUCACAUGGUCCCUGCUUCGGAGACUCCGGAUCUGCUCUGAUCGUCCUGCGAAACAAUCGAUGGUACGUUCGGGGAGUGGUGUCCUUAUCGCCUCGCCGCGGAGAUAUUUGCGACCUCAGCAAGUAUGUCAUCUACUGCGAUGUUGCAAAGCACAUCGACUGGGUACGUCAAAAUAUGGUCAUGUGAGGCGCUCAAGUAAUUAUGAUGUGACGAUACAGGAAAACACAGCAAUUGAUGUACAAAAUUCUCAAUAAAUCUUUAAGUUCUAUAGAAGA